AGCGAUUAGGCCGAUUUUCCCACCGUGAAUCUAUUAAUACGACCCAGUGUGCGGCGGAUCUGGUCAGUUCGAUCGAAACCUAUAACCGCAACAGUCAAUCGCGCGUACGGUUCGGUUUUUCGGCAUUGGCAAGAAUCGUUUACAAAAAUUUACAACCGGAAGUUCACAAUGGCAGUCGACAGUCGACAGAUGGCGGUGCGGAUCGGAUUCGUGGCACUUUUGCUGAACCUCGCUUCCUCUAGUGGGGCUACUCAAUUUGGGGGAUCACUCAGCGAUGACGUAGAGUUCGUCAAUCCCUCUGGAUUGGGUCUUUCCGGUUUGGGAAGCUCUGGCCUGGGACCCUUGGGUCCGCGAGGCUUCCGGGGCAUCGAAAUUCUACCCAGGCCCGAACCUUCUUGGAAAGCGGGAGCCACCCUGAUUGCCGACAACCCGGAACAACAGAUCAUGGGCACCAUUUCAUUCAAACAGUGGGCCCCGGGCCAUGUCGAAACUUCCAUCAACGCCACCGGCCUGCCGGUGGGAAAACACGCCAUCCACGUGCACGCCUUCGGGGACAUGAAGGAGGGCUGCAAAUCGACUGGCCCCCACUUCCGGAGUAGCAUUAUCGGAAACAUCGACGUCAAAGAGGAUGGCAACGCCAAGAUUGACUUCAACAGCCCGUACAUAAACCUGUUCGGAUUCGCCGGCAUUAUUGGUCGAUCGAUUGUGAUUCACGAAAAACCAUCCGAAAUCUACAGGUUUCCGGAUCUAUCGAUCAACAAUCCGGUAUCGUUCCAGGGCGAGGAAGAUACGGUGGGAGCUCGGAUUGCCUGCGGUAUUAUUACCAUUUUGGAUAACGUUUCUUAGGAAGGGAAUAAGAUAGAGGCGAAGUAUAGACUCGUUCCAGAUCCGCUGAUCGACAAAUGUUCAUGAAACUUGACAUAAUACUUAAUUGAAAACUGUGAAAGUGAAGUAUUUUUAAGAGAUAGUGUACAGAAGAAAGCAAUUGAAAUAUACUGUUUAACAUAUUUUCGGAA